UAAAAUAUUCAAACAAAACUAAAGAUUCAUCAUACCUUACCUAGCUCCCUAUCCCUCUUCACCAUUGGAUCGAAUUCCCGUGAAUUCGGUCUGAUUGUCUUAAACUUCCAAGUUACACGCUCCGAAUCAGGACAGUUUCAGGCAUGGACAAGGUGAAGAGGGUUGCAUCAGAGAAGGGUGUAGUGAUAUUCAGCAAGAGCUCAUGUUGUCUUUGCUAUUCUGUCAAAAUUCUUUUCCAAGAACUCGGGGUGGACCCUUAUGUUCAUGACAUUGAUCAGGACCCUGAAGGCAGGGAAAUGGAAAGGGCGCUGGUUAGGUUGGUAGGUAGUGCAGCUGUUCCUGCUGUGUUCAUCGGCGGAACGCUUAUGGGUUCGACUAAUGAAGUCAUGUCCCUCCACCUAAGUGGAACUCUGAAUCAACUUCUCAGGCCAUACCAGCAGUCUAUGUCUUAAAAUCUCAAAUCCCACAUGUCAAAGCUGGAAGAAUAAAAAACAUUUGCUCAUGUAUUAGUAGUAUAGUGUGCUUAAUUAAAUUGUACUAGUACAAUGUCCAGUCAUUUAUGCAUUUCAUAUCGUUUCUUUUCAUAGCUAUAGCAAUGUUAUCUGUUUCCUUUCAAGCAAUGAAAAUUAGCAUUAUAUGUA